UCUCUUCCACACGGAUCUUCAUAGACGAAACAUCUUGUGGUCUGCGUAGAUGUUUCAGAUUAAUUCUGCUGAAACAAUAAACUACAAACAACAAGAGCUUAGUUUUCCUAUAUAACCUCCAUUGCUACAUGGACCUUCACCCAUAGAACUUGCUAACCUCCGUUGCUGACAACAAUUUAGUCUCACCAAAACAACAAGAUUUUUCAAAGCUCGGAAGCCAUCGAGGCGACAACAAUGGAGAAGUCACCAGCCACUGCAACAAGCCAUUUGGAACCAGUUCUCCAAGAACCAUGUGGUAUCAUCAUCUUCCUCGCCUUCCUCACCUGGUCCAUCUCAAAGAUCCAGAGGCUCCUGCCCGGUUCAUGUCAGUCCUGCAGUAGUCCGGCCGACAAGGCGCCGCCGACACCGGUUGUCGCCGACAAAAGAAUAAUCAAGACACGGAAUAAGAACGAAGACGACGAGAUGGAGCUGACACAUGAAGAUAUCAACGCCGUGAUGAGAAAUAUUGGCCUUGGUUUUGAUCAAGAAAACAGCUUGGCCUGCAACUCCAUUGGCUCUGAAUGUAUUUCUCGGCUUUUCGACGACGAUGAACCGAGCUUGCAUGAGGUGAGGCAGGCGUUCUUGGUGUUUGAUGACAACAAAGACGGGUACAUCGACGCGUCGGAUUUGCAGCGAGUGCUCCGGAGCCUAGGGUUAGGAGAAGGUGUAGGGGUGUAUGAGUGUGAGCAGAUGAUUGCAAAAUAUGACAUGAACAAGGACAUGAGGAUAGAUUUGGCAGAGUUCACCAAGGUUUUGGAGGUUGACAUUUGCUAAACGAACUUUUUUUUAUGUAUGUGCUUGAUUUUCCAUGUUCAGCAAAGGGAUAGAUUUGCAGAAAAAUGAUAUUGAUUUGGUUUUGAACAGUAGAGAAAAAUGAUAUUUCUCUAGAUUAGGUGGUUCCCCUGCCUCUAGGGAAGAAUUUAUUUUCUGCAAUCACAUUUUUAUGUUUAUUCACGUUAGACUAGAAAAAAAUAAGUUCAGCACCAUGAAUGUGAAGCUCCAUCAUGCUUGGGCACUUGGCACAUGUAUAAUGGCAACAAAAAAACUUCAGCACAUGACCUUAUCUCUGAAGAAUAGAACAAAAUAUGUUUAGCCAAGAUAUUUGUUUUAGAUUCGACAUCUGAUCCUAAAAUUUGUUGCUCUUUUGCACUU